AGAGGAAAACUGGAGGAGAGUGGUGUGGGAGAAGAAUCUGAAGAUGAUUGAAGUCCAUAAUCUGGAUCACACACUAGGAAAACACAGCUACAAGUUGGGAAUGAAUCAGUUUGGUGACAUGACAACUGAGGAGUUCAGACAGCUGAUGAAUGGCUACACACACAAGAAAUCGCAAAGGAAGUACAGAGGAUCCCAGUUUCUUGAGCCCAGCUUCCUGGAAGCACCACGAUCAGUAGACUGGAGGGAGAAGGGAUAUGUAACUCCAGUUAAAGACCAGGGUCAGUGUGGCUCUUGCUGGGCUUUCAGCACAACAGGAGCUCUUGAAGGACAGCACUUCAGAAAAACUGGCAAACUUGUUUCGCUGAGUGAACAGAAUCUGGUGGACUGCUCUCGCCCUGAAGGGAAUCAAGGCUGCAAUGGUGGCCUCAUGGACCAGGCUUUCCAGUAUGUGCAGGACAAUGGAGGAAUUGAUUCAGAGGAAUCAUACCCGUACACAGCAAAGGAUGAUGAAGACUGUCGCUACAAGGCAGAGUACAAUGCUGCUAACGACACUGGCUUUGUUGACAUCCCUCAAGGACAUGAAAGAGCUCUGAUGAAAGCAGUAGCAGCUGUGGGUCCGGUGUCUGUUGCUAUUGAUGCAGGCCACUCUUCAUUCCAGUUCUAUCAGUCAGGUAUCUAUUAUGAACCAGACUGCAGCAGUGAAGACCUGGACCAUGGUGUUCUGGUUGUAGGCUAUGGCUUUCAGGGGGAAGAUGUGGAUGGAAAGAAAUACUGGAUUGUUAAGAACAGCUGGGGUGAGAAGUGGGGUGACAAAGGAUAUAUCUACAUGGCCAAGGACAGGAAGAACCACUGUGGAAUAGCAACAGCUGCUAGCUAUCCGCUUGUAUAAUCUGAAGACAACAUUUGAGUGCAAGAGGGGAUUUAAACUGAGUAACUAAACCCAUGUUCACCCAUGUGGUAAACGUGUAUCUUUCAAAAGCCAACUUGAUGAUUUUUUUCAACUUUUGAAGUAGGUUCUACCUGUUGGUGACAUGUUGCUUGUUUUUAAAUUAAUGUAAAUGUUGAUAUGUAAACAGCUUGUAAUAUUGCUGGCUUCUGACUGCUUAAUCUAAUGGAUUCUCCUUCGUAUUUUUACAAUGUGCCCAAAGGUUUACUUUUUAAAUAAAUACUUAAAUUCCAGUGUGUACAGA